AUGCUGUCUUUUAGCUUCGUGUUAUUCAUCAUAUCUGGUGUGUUCAGUUUUAAGGACGUAGAUUUGUCUACUUGCACUGUAACCAAAGGUUGUUUGCGACCUCCUGUUUGCGCAGACAACCUCUGUGAAUAUGGUGCCACUUGGCGACUUGUGGAGCAGGAACAAAUUCAAUAUAUCGAGUUCGAGCUAUUUGGUGAUAUAAAGUCGAGCAGUGGAUUCAUCUCAUUGGUUUUUUCCAAGGAUCCAUAUUUCACAUUCAAAAUGCUCGAUCCUAGUUACACCAUUGAGCAGGUGGUGCGGCGUGUCGAUUUUUCUGGUGGUGAUGGCUUUGUCGGUUGCUAUUAUGAUACCGUUGAUUUCAAGACGGUUGUUCGUGCUGGCUACAGGCCAGAAGCCAGCGAUUCCAACCAUCUUUACAAUCCUGCUGACGACGAGAAACUGUUGAUUACUACUGGAGAUGAUCUUGGCAGCUCCUAUGUAGACGCACAGCACUACCUCCAGUGUCGAUUCCGUCGCCGCGUCACCCCCGUUAAGAUGGCCAACCAGCUUAAGGACCUGGCACCCCCAAAUGCCUAUUAUCUAAUAAUCCAGCGCGGUUCCGAUCCCUUGAGGACUAGCUUCGGCCAGCUGUUCCCUGGCGGUGAGGCUACCUCCAAUGAAAGCGCUAUCAUCACGUCACCUCUUUAUGAUCUGACCAUUGACGACACCCUGAUGCACGCUCCCGGCGUGGUGAAAGCCCACGGGGCCAUGAUGGUGUUGGCGUGGGUGUUCUGCUCCUCAGUGGGCGUCAUCAUCUCGCGCUACUACAAGGACAUGUGGCCCAACUCCGGCCUCCUUGGUGAGCGUGUCUGGUUCCAGGUACACCGCAUCCUCAUGGGCCUCUGUGUGGGUCUGACGUGCUUGGCGGUCAUUCUCGCCUUCAUCUUCUGCCAGGGCUACUCCAGACUGAGAAUCUACCCCGACUACAUCCACCCCAUUCUGGGGCUAAUUGUCCUCUGUCUAGCUGUUAUAAACCCCUUCAUAACCUUCUGUCGACCGCAUCCGAUGCACAAGAACCGCCCCUACUUCAACUGGACCCACUUCAUCAUCGGCACCCUGGCCCACGUGCUCUCCAUCCCCACGAUAAUGCUCGGCCUUAGGAUGCCCGCUGCGGGAGUUCAGCUUCGCAGCCUCAACUACCCCCUCUGGAUCCUCAUCUUCUUUGUCAUCUUCCAGUUCUGCGUGGAACUCACCCUUGAAAUCCACGGAUGUCUUCAUUACAGGCGCAAUAAGCAGAAAAAGCUGACCUACAGAAACGAAGUCGAGCAGUACCAGAACGCAGUUCGCGUGGGUGGCGUCCCCAUCCCUCGGCCCGUGGAACCAGAACCGUCUGGUCGCAUUUUCAAGCACUUUAUGAUCAGCCUCCACGCCACAGUCGCGGCAAUUGUCGCUGUUGUGCUGAUAAUCGUCAUCGCCGUCAACUAA